CACAGCCAACGCAGACUCAAGAUGCCUUUCAAGACACACUACCUGUUGGUGUCCCUGACUCUCUGCUGGUUCGUGGCUCUUCAAGCAUUCCCCAUGAACGGCUGUGCUGCAUGUCAGAAGUGUCGCUGCAUCCGGACGUCCUCUGCUUUCAUCUCUCCAAGGCUGUUCCACAGGAUAGAGAUCCUACCUCCAGGUGCCCACUGUCGUCAAACAGAGAUCAUCGUUACCAAGAAGGACAAAGCCACCGUCUGUGUGACUCCAGAUGCACGAUGGAUCAACAAAGUCAUUGUCAAGUUACAAAGUACCAACAAGAAGAAGAGAAGUGCAGAACUUCCCCAUCUCAACCACCAUUGAGUGAAUUGGAACAGGAAUGUAUCAAGUUGGAGCUAAAUGGACGUGACACCAAUGUGAUGCCAAUGUGAUACCAAUGUGAUACCGAUGUGAUGCCAAUGUGAUACCAAUGUGAUACCAAUGUGAUACCAAUGGAUUCUAUUCAAAUAUGAUUCUAAUACAAAGUGAAUUAGUUUAUCUUAAAUGAUUUCAGUAUGUAUUGAAUGUGAUUAUUUCAUGUUUUUUUGUCAUGUAUUGGGUCUACCCUCGAAAAAUAAACACAACCUAUACAAAAUGUACAAAACAUGAGCAUUUUAUUGCCUGAGGAGGAGGAAGGGUGAAAUGCACAUGUUUACCAUCUUGUUGAUGUGACAUCAUUAUCCCAUAAAGUCAGCACGUCCUC